AUGACCAAUCCUCCUCAAAAGCAAUCCCCCCCAAAGCGGAUAUGGGCAUCUUUAAUAACAAACAUGUCCUACCUCCCAGGCCUUCUAACCCUGCACCACUCCCUCAACCACCCCUCCCCAGACCCAAGGAUUACAAACCAAUCCGCAACCCAAGGAACAAAAUACCCAUUUGUAGCCUUCUACACCUCAACCUUCCCAGCCGAAGGCCUGAAAAUCCUCCAAAGCCGCAACAUCUCAUCCCAAUGGGUCCCAUCAGUGACGCCCGCCAGCACCCGCAGCUACGCCAAAGACCCACGCUUCGCCGAAACAUGGAACAAGCUAGUCGUCUUCUCGCUGGAGCAGUAUGAGCGCGUAGUCCUCCUCGACGGCGAUAUCCUCGUCCGCCGGAACAUGGACUCGCUGAUGGAACUACCGCUCGACGACGAAACCGAUGCCGAAGGUAGUCGGGUGUUCGCGGCUGCCCAUGCUUGCGCUUGUAAUCCUAUGAAGAAGGCACAUUAUCCUGCUAAUUGGAUCCCCUCGAACUGCGCUUACACAAAACAACACUCCACUCCCGCCGACGCGCAAAGCAUCGCGCCACCUCCAGGCUCCGGUGUCGGGAUGCUGAACAGCGGGGUGUUAGUCGUCCGGCCUUCAGCGCGGGUGUACAGCGAGAUCACUACUGCGUUGCAGGAGACGGCGCGGAUUGAGCGGUAUGACUUCCCUGAUCAGGAGUUACUGUCUGAUUUCUUUGCUGGACGGUGGGUUGCGUUGCCUUAUGUUUAUAAUGCGCUCAAGACGUUGCGGAUCGAGGGUGUGCAUGAUUCUAUCUGGAGGGAUAGCGAGGUUCGGGCUGUGCAUUAUAUCUUUGCUAAGAAGCCUUGGCAUGAGGAGGUUGUAGAAGGGGGUGAUUUGUCUGGAUUGGAUGAGACGGGGGUUUGGUGGUGGAGGGCUAAUUGGGAGAGGAUGAUGGCUGAGAGGGGGGUUGGUGUUUUGGAUGAGUUUUCUGGGUCUGAGUGA